AUGACAAAGAUGAAUGAUGUGCUUGUAGAUGAUGAGUAUCUGGUUAAAAUAUUGAACGAUCUUUUUGAUGUCGAAGAGUAUGGUUAUGCUGCCAGUGUAUCUCUUGCCUAUCCAUGCCAAGAGGAUGCAGUGUGCAGUGUGUGUCUUGAUAGAAUGGCAGGCGGGCUUAUUUUUCUUGCAUGCGGCCAUCGGUUCCACUCGAAGUGUAUCGAGCUGUGGCUAGAGGAAAGAAAAAAUUGCCCAUAUUGUAGACAGAUGGUAAGCAGUUGA